CCAACUCUUCGUUCUGUGCCCGCUCUUGCUCCCCUCCCUCGAUAGUCGCCACCACUGCCAAUCGCUCUCUGACACGUGUCGCCUUAAAACGGUCUCUCCCGCUCCACCCUCUUCGUAAACCUCUGGGUCUAUUUCCUGGACCCGGUCUAUUGUCAAAUACCCGUUCUAUUUAUCUUUUAAGAAAGGCAUAACUGGCUCGGUUCAAAUGAUGUGGUAGGCCCGGUGCACGGAGUAGUUCUUUUCAACGACUCGUUUCCAAAGCCUCUGCUUUGUCCCCCUACCACCUGGUUUCUUGUUAUUUAAGACGCCUUUCAUGAAAGGAAACUAAGAAUCGAACGCAUUUUAUUUUAUCUAAACUAUAAAUAUCGGAUUUGCUCAUCGGAGAUUCUAUUUCGAUCAAACCUCUCUUAAUUAGAGACUCCGAGCUAGGGUUUCGGCGAACUCACCGGGCGAGGAGGGGGUAGGAGACGAUGGUGGCGGUGGAGAUCGGGGCGGCGGGGUUGCGGAUCCCGAGGGAGGCGGCGGGGGCGCUGCAGGGACUCACGGCGCGGUGGUUCGCCGGAGGCGCCGUGGCGGCGGCGGCGGCGGCGGAGGAGGGGCGGUGGGCGCUCGAGGUGGUGCCGAUGAACGGGGCGAUGACGAACGAGGUUUACCAGGUGCGGUGGCGGAGGAGGAGGCCGGGGGCGGCGGAGGAGGAGGCGGAGGAGGAGGAGGUGAGGAAGAAGAAGGUGCUGCUCCGGAUCUAUGGCGACGGGACGGAUCUCUUCUUCGAUCGCGCCGACGAGGUGCGCACCUUCGAGUGCAUCUCCCGCCACGGCCAGGGCCCGCGCCUCCUCGCCCGGUUCCCGAACGGGCGCAUCGAGGAGUUCAUCCACGCUAGGACCCUUUCAGCUGUUGACCUUCGUGACGAAAAAAUUUCUGCUCUCGUGGCAGCAAAACUAAGGGAAUUUCAUGAUCUUGACAUGCCUGGUCCAAAAACAAUUCAGCUUUGGAACAGAUUAAGGAAUUGGCUUAGGGCAGCAAGGAGCUUGUGCCCCCCUGAGGAAGCCGAAGAAUAUUGCUUGGAUAUCAUGGAGGAGGAGAUUACUGAUUUAGAGAACGAAUUUUCUGGCCAGAAUCAGAGGAUAGGGUUUUGUCAUAAUGAUCUUCAGUAUGGCAACAUCAUGAUUGAUGAAGAGACUAGCUUAGUGACCAUAAUUGAUUACGAGUAUGCAAGUUUCAAUCCAGUUGCAUAUGACAUUGCGAAUCACUUUUGUGAGAUGGCGGCUAACUACCAUUCGGAAAAGCCUCACAUAUUAGACUACACCAAGUACCCAGGUUUCGAGGAGCGUAAGAGAUUUGUGGAGACCUACCUGAGUUCUUCUGGUGAGGAACCUGAUGACACCGAACUCGAGAACCUGCUCGAAACCAUCGAGAAGUAUGCUCUCGCAAGUCAUCUCGUAUGGGGCCUUUGGGGAUUAAUCUCUGAACACGUAAACGACAUCGACUUCGACUACAUGGAGUACGCGCGGCAAAGGUUCCAGCAGUAUUGGCUAAAGAAAUCUUUGACUUUGGUUUAAUAACCUCUUUAGGAAAGAAGAAACAAAAAAGAAAAGAAAGGAAAAGUAAAGUUCAAGGGCCUCAUCAAACAAAAUCGCAGCUUCAUCAAGUUACCGGGGUUUCAACUUUUCUGGGUGCAAGGCUAAGGUUAACAAAGUGACAUCUCUAGAAAAUAUAAUCCUUAAGAUUGUGCUGUUCGCGCCGCAAUAUGUACAAAGGCUCAAGCUGUACAAUAAAAGUAGUAAAUAAACUCGAGUAGUGUCGUAAAAUCAAAGCUGUUAUGCUACAAUAACAGUGAGAUUUUGGUGUUCCUAAUGUUUGUAUUACUAUAGGAUUUCGACUGUAUUGAUGUAUAUAGCACAUAAAUACCCACUAAUAAUGGUUUAAGAGUGAUUUUGAAGUUUAGGA